GGGGCUGGGGCACUGUCCAGGGGAGUGUUGUUCGAGGAGAGGAGAGGGGAGGGGGAGAGACGAGAAGGGGAACGGAAAAGAAAGCCAAGCCCUCUCUUGCGGAGGCCAACGGCAAGGCUUCCUCCCUUGCGCCCUCGAUCAGUUCAGCGGUUCGGCUCCUCGGGACCAUUGUUGGUUCGCCGAAAUGGAGUCACACAGUGAUGACUUGCCACCACCACCACCACUCCCGCCAAAUGCAGAGCCGAUAAAAGCUGAGUCGGCUGAUGACUUGCCACCACCACCACCCCUGCCGCCUAUCAAACCUGAAGAAGCAAAGAAGAUCUCAAAGCCUAAGAGGGCCCUGAUCGCUCGUCCUGGUUUUGGCAAGAGGGGAAAUCCUAUACAGCUUGUGACAAAUCAUUUCAAAGUCUCGUUGAAGACGACAGAUGAAUUCUUCCAUCAUUACUAUGUAAAUCUGAAGUAUGAAGAUGACAGGCCUGUUGAUGGAAAAGGUGUUGGUAGAAAAGUCAUUGAUAAGCUUGCUCAGACUUAUCCAUCGGAGCUAGCCCAUAAAGACUUUGCCUAUGAUGGUGAAAAGAGUCUUUUUACCAUUGGUGCCCUCCCACAAAUUAACAAUGAGUUUGUUGUGGUUCUUGAAGACGUUUCCAGUGGAAAGACUCCUGCAAAUGGCAGCCCUGGAAACGACAGUCCAGACAAGAAGAGAGUGAAAAGGCCAUAUCAGACUAAAACCUUCAAGGUGGAGCUGAGUUUUGCAGCUAGAAUCCCCAUGAGUGCUAUUGCAAUGGCACUCAAAGGCCAGGAAUCAGAGCACACGCAAGAAGCCAUUCGGGUUAUUGAUAUCAUAUUAAGACAACACUCUUCCAAACAGGGCUGCCUGUUAGUCCGCCAGUCAUUUUUUCACAACAAUCCUUCAAACUUUGUGGACUUGGGUGGGGGUGUGAUGGGCUGCCGAGGUUUCCACUCAAGCUUUCGAGCCACACAGAGCGGGCUUUCUCUUAAUAUUGAUGUUUCUACAACAAUGAUUGUGAAACCUGGCCCUGUUGUUGAUUUUCUGCUGGCCAACCAGAAGGUUGACCACCCUAAUAAAAUUGAUUGGGCUAAGGCCAAGCGUGCACUUAAGAAUUUAAGGAUAAAAACAAGCCCAGCAAAUACAGAAUACAAGAUUGUUGGUUUGAGUGAGAGGAAUUGUUAUGAACAGAUGUUUUCCCUCAAGCAAAGGAAUGGUGGGAAUGGUGACCCUGAAGCAAUAGAAAUAUCUGUUUAUGAUUACUUUGUGAAGAACCGUGGCAUUGAGCUGAGGUACUCUGGUGAUUUCCCUUGUAUAAAUGUUGGGAAACCUAGGCGGCCAACAUAUUUCCCCAUUGAGCUCUGCCAGCUGGUGCCUUUGCAAAGGUAUACCAAAUCUUUGAGUACCCUACAAAGAUCAUCUCUUGUUGAGAAGUCCAGGCAGAAGCCUCAAGAGAGGAUGUCAGUUUUGUCUGAUGUACUGAAACGCAGCAGCUAUGAUACAGAACCCAUGCUGAAGGCAUGUGGAAUUUCGAUAGCUCAAGGCUUUACCCAAGUGUCUGGUAGGGUACUGCAGGCCCCCAAGCUCAAAGCUGGAAAUGGUGAAGAUAUUUUCACAAGGAAUGGACGUUGGAAUUUCAACAACAAGAGGCUUGCUAGAGCUUGUGUGGUGGACAGAUGGGCGGUUGUAAACUUUUCGGCUAGGUGUAACACCAUGAACCUUGUCAAUGACCUCAUCAAGUGUGGGGGCAUGAAGGGCAUUACAGUAGAAAAACCUCAUAUUGUAAUUGAAGAGAAUGGUUCAAUGAGACGUGCACCUGCUCCAAAAAGGGUUGAGGAUAUGUUUGAGCAAGUGAAGUCUAAGCUUCCUGGGGCUCCCAAGUUUCUCUUGUGUAUUCUUGCUGAGAGGAAGAACUCAGAUGUUUAUGGUCCAUGGAAGCGAAAAUGCCUUGCUGACUUUGGGAUUGUCACUCAAUGUGUGGCCCCAACAAGGGUCAAUGACCAAUAUCUGACAAAUGUUCUGCUCAAGAUCAACGCAAAACUUGGUGGAAUGAACUCACUGCUACAAAUUGAAAUGUCCCCAAGUAUACCUCUUGUAUCAAAGGUCCCAACUCUCAUCUUGGGAAUGGAUGUGUCCCAUGGAUCCCCUGGACAGUCUGAUAUACCGUCCAUUGCAGCAGUUGUUGGUUCUCGGGAAUGGCCUCUUGUCUCGAAAUAUAGGGCUUCAGUGCGCUCGCAGUCACCAAAGCUUGAAAUGAUAGAUUCAUUGUUCAAGCCACAAGGAACUGAUGAUGAUGGCCUUGUUCGGGAGUGUCUCAUUGACUUCUACACCAGUUCUGGAAAAAGGAAACCAGAUCAGAUCAUCAUCUUCAGGGAUGGUGUUAGUGAGAGCCAGUUUAAUCAGGUGCUGAACAUUGAAUUGGAUCAAAUAAUUGAGGCCUGCAAGUUCUUGGAUGAAAACUGGAACCCCAAGUUCACGCUGAUUGUUGCUCAGAAAAAUCACCACACCAAGUUCUUCAUACCUGGAUCUCCUGACAAUGUCCCUCCAGGCACUGUUGUAGAUAAUGCAGUCUGCCAUCCAAGGAAUUAUGACUUCUACAUGUGCGCUCAUGCUGGAAUGAUUGGGACUACAAGGCCAACGCACUACCAUAUCCUGCAUGAUGAGAUACACUUUGCCGCGGAUGACCUGCAGGAUCUUGUGCACUCGCUCUCAUAUGUGUAUCAAAGGAGCACGACAGCCAUAUCAGUUGUUUCUCCAAUCUGCUAUGCACAUCUUGCGGCUGCUCAGGUGGCGCAGUUCAUAAAGUUUGAUGAGAUGUCCGAGACGUCGUCGAGCCAGGGAGGUGGCCACACCUCUGCCGGCAGCGCUCCAGUGCAGGAGCUGCCUCGCCUCCAUGAGAAAGUCCGCAGCAGCAUGUUCUUCUGCUGAGCCAGCCAGCCAGCCGCACUUGCGCGUUCCAACUUUUGGCGAUGCGCUUGGUUAUCUAGUACUAGUAGUAUGUAGUAGUGGCCUGUGAUGGCCUGUUGGACUCCUGGGAUGUUGUGUUCCUAAGCUGGUUGCCGCACUUGGUGCCUCAGAACCUUUACUAUCGAACCAUCUAAUUUGCUGCUUUCCAUC